ACUCCCUGUUCUUCUCAGCUCCUUUACAUAAAACCAAGGAAUGGGAAGAAAACACUGCAGUCCGUUCUCUAGAGCUCCAGUAUUGUAGGUUUUGAAGUCUCAACUCCAUUAUAAUGGCAGACAUGACACAAUUUCUCCAAGAGAUCACAAAAGCCAUUGAGAAUUCUAAAAAUAUCCCAAAGGAUGAGGUCAUUUUUACGUACAAUGGAGUGUUGUAUCCAACUGCAGUAUGCGACAUGGUCACAUUUAAAGCUUUAGAAACAUUUGAGACACGUGAGGAUGAUGUUAUGCUGGCAGCUUAUCCUAAGUGUGGCUCAAACUGGACUACAAUGCUUUUACACAGCAUUGUUCAUGCAGUGCACAAUAAACACCCAUCUGCCAUCAUCCCAAUGAUAGAAUUCAAAUCCACCGAUAAAUUUGAGAAGCUAAAAGCUGACUCCUCCCCACGAGUCUUAGCGACCCAUUUUCAUUACGAGGACAUCCCAAAAUCAUUCUUUGAGAAGAAAGUAAAGAUUUUGGUGAUGUUUCGCAAUCCAAAGGAUACAGCUGUAUCGCUGUUUCACUUCUACAAUAACAAUCCAAUACUUCCCACCUACAAUAGCUUUGAUACAUUUUUCUCCGACUUCAUGAGUGGAAAAGUUGUCUGGGGUUCUUACUUUGACCAUGCUGUUGUUUGGAAUAAACAUCUUGACACAGACACGCUUUUGUUGAUGACUUUUGAAGAUAUGAAAGAAGAUCUAGAAGGAGCAAUUAAGAAGAUUUCUGAUUUUUUUUCUAUGCCUCUUACUGAAGAGCAAGUUAAAGGCAUUGCUGAUAAAGGAACAUUUAAGUCUAUGAAGGAUAAUUCCAAAAACACACAUGGUGAAAUGAGCAGCGCUAUCUUUCGAAAAGGGGAAGUUGGAGACUGGAAAAAUUAUUUUUCAGAAGCUCAAAGUCAAGAAAUGGAUGCUGAAUUUGAAAAGACCUUGGCAGGAACAAAACUUGGGGAUGUUUUGAAGUACAAUAUUUAUUGUAAAUGGUGACAAGACAGAACUAAGAGAUAACAUUUGUUUGAUAGCUAUAUAAUAAAUAUGUGUGCAAAAUCAA